CAGAUGGCAUUACUCAAUAACUCCUCCAUCGCUCCAAUCUCUGAAUUCUUCCUCAUCUGCUUCCCUAACUUCCAGAGUUGGCAGCACUGGCUGUCCCUGCCCUUCAGCCUCCUCUUCCUCCUGGCUAUGGGCGCCAACGUCAUGCUCCUGAUCACCAUUCGGCUGGAAGCCUCAUUGCAUGAACCCAUGUACUACCUUCUCGGUCUCCUUUCCCUGCUGGACAUUGUGCUCUGUUUUACUGUUAUCCCCAAGGUCUUGGACAUUUUUUGGUUUGAUAACAAGUUGAUAAGUUUCCCUGCCUGCUUCCUCCAGAUGUUCAUUAUGAACGGUUUUUUGACUAUGGAGUCCUGCACAUUUAUGGUUAUGGCCUACGAUCGCUACAUAGCCAUCUGUCAUCCCCUCCGAUACCCAUCCAUUAUCACCAACCAAUUUGUGUCGAAGGCUGCCAUCUUUAUUGUGGCUCGGAACUGUCUUCUUACUAUGCCUAUCCCCAUACUUUCUUCUAAACUUAGUUACUGUGCAGGAAACAUUAUUAAGAACUGCAUCUGUACAAACAUGUCUGUGUCCAAACUCUCUUGCAAUGACACCACGUUCAAUCAGCUGUACCAGUUUGUGAUAGGUUGGACUUUGCUGGGCUCUGAUCUCAUCCUUAUUGUUCUAUCUUACAUUUUCAUCCUCAAAGCUGUACUUAGACUCAAGGCUGAGGGAGCUGCAGCCAAAGCUCUAGGCACGUGUGGUUCCCAUUUCAUCCUCAUCCUCUUCUUCAGCACAAUUCUGCUGGUUCUGGUUAUUACCAACCUGGCCAGAAAGAGGAUUCCUCCAGAUGUCCCCAUCCUGCUCAACAUCCUUCACCACCUCAUACCUCCUGCUCUGAACCCCAUUGUUUAUGGUGUGAGAACCAAGGAAAUCAAGCAAGGAAUCCAGAAAUUGUUGAGAAGGUUGUUAGAUGUGAAAUGA